AUGGAAGGUCGUGAUGUCGAGACUCCACCGGAAUACAGUGGAUGGUUCGCUCAGUCUGGUCUUGUUUCUCCAGCUGACAGGGACAAUUAUAAGCUUAGUAACAAAACUUGUCUCCUUGAACAAGUUCUGAAGAAGUGCGAAGAAAUUGGAGAUAAGCUACUGGUCUUCUCUCAGUCACUUGAGUCAUUAUCUCUGAUAAAGCGAAUGUUGGAGUAUCUCGACCAAACAGGGCAGUGGUUUUCCGAUGGUCAUGAUGCAGUGAAAGCCGAUGGCGAAAAGUGGGGUUGGAAAGAGGGCAAAGAUUACAUGGUUAUCGACGGGUCUGUGCAGUCCGGCAAGAGGGAUUCCGUGCAAGUGAAAUUCAACAAUCCUGCAAAUUUGCGUGCUCGAUUAAUGUUAAUUUCUACACGUGCUGGCUCCCUCGGCACCAAUAUGGUGGCAGCAAACCGUGUCAUAAUAUUUGAUGCGUGCUGGAAUCCUUCCCAUGACACUCAAUCGCUUUUCCGCGUCUAUCGAUUUGGUCAAACGAAGCCCGUGUAUAUUUAA